UUCGAUCACACCACUUGAAGCUCCUCCAAUGGAGUCAAAUAUUUUCGAACAAUGUCUCCACAAUCAUUCAGUUUAGAGCUCGAAUUUUUCAAAAAUUUUUGCGUAUUUUUCUCUUCAGUUUUCUCGGCAACCAAACAGUGGAUAUCCUAGUAAGUUUGCAAGCAUUGAUCGCCAUUACGAACUCUGAAGGUCGUGUUCAAACUCAUCUUUUGAUCAGUUUUCUCGGCAAGCAAACAGUGGUAUAGUUUUUUCGUUUGUUGAUUGAGAAUGAUGUCGUUGUCAAAUGGGGUUUUGUAUGAUGGGAGUUCAAACAAACGGCCAUUAGAUGACGGCUAUCACCCGUUUUCAUUGAAUAGUUUUCAGCCAAUGUUCAAGUCGAGGAAGUUCUCGGCCGUUCGGGAUUUUCCACCAGGGUGUGGACGAAACGCAUCAUUAAUAGAUGUGAAUUCCCAUGAAAAUGCAGUACUGGUGGAUGACAAUAAGAUGAGCAAUGUUGUUGAGGUUGAUUGUGUGAAAUCUUCCCGAAUUAUGGUUGAGUCCCAAUCUCUCGAAGUUGUGAAACGUCCAGCUCGGGAGGAAAUGGAUGAAGCCUUGGAUGAUUCUGGGGAGCAAGUGUUGGCUGCUGCUGGGAUGGUUAAUAAGGUUAAAAAUGAAAAGUUGGGCACUGAUGUGAAGCCACUGGGGAUUGGACUGCCAAAGAGUUUGGAAAAUAAUGCAGUGGUAUUGGCAAAUGAAUUGCGUCGGAGUGACGGUCAGGUUUUGGUCAAUAAGGAAUCAAAUGAGGUGGAGGGUUUGGCUUCUGUGCCAAAGGAGUCGACUGAGUUGGGAGGUUCAGAUUUGGUGAAGAGUGAGGGUCCGGUGGAUGAGAAACCUUCGCUGGAAAUUGGUGCUUUUACCGAUAGAAUGGUUCAAGGGGGUGGUGCAAAAUCAUGGUCACCGUCCCACUGGCCGAUCAGUAAUGGCAAAGUUGGGAUUGAAGCUGCCCCGAGCCCAAAGAGUAUGUAUUACAGAAGAAGAGUAUCAGCAACUCGUGACUUCCCCCCAUUUUGUGGUAGGAAUGCUCCGCAGCCGGCUGCGGAAGAUUGUUUGAGGAUUAAUUCCAGGAACAGGAGUUUGGAUGUUGCAAUAAGGUUUGAUGGGCCAGCGAGAGCGAAAGAGACAUUGAAGGCUAGUGUGAAACGUGGAUCAGAGACAGUGGCAUUGAAAAAUGGUAUUGAAGAAUUGUAUAGGGAUGUUGGAGAUGGUUAUUUUGAGAAGAAUCGAUUGAAAGGAAUUGUGCCUGAGCAAAGGAAUAACUACAAGGCUGCAAUUGGAAAGAGUAACGAGGAUGCUAGUGGUUCACUGGGGGAACUGAGGAAGAAGAUCACAGGUCUGAUGGUUGCACCAUUUUGUCGAUGGAGGCAGGGGAGAGGGGCCUUAACUACUUCAGACAGUGUUAUGAGUAGAGGUAAAGUAAACAAGCAUGGUUUCACCACUCAACCGAAGUCAAUACUUGUUAGCAGGAGUAAUUAUGAAACCCAUCAUGGAGGUGGAAAAUCUAUGAAAGAGAAAUCAGUUACUGCUGCUAAGGCUGCUUAUGAAAGUACUGGUACAUUGGUUGUCAGGGAUGAAGAAGAUUCUGUUGUCCAUUAUGAAGAAAAACUUGUAGAUUAUCCUGUUGGUCAGAUGCCAAAUGAUGUUGAGGUGAGCCUGCCUCCUUUUGGUCCCAAUAGUUCAAGUCACGGUGAUGCGCGGGACAGAGUAAGAGAGACUCUCCGUCUAUUCCAGGCUAUAUUUAGGAAGCUCUUGCAAGGAGAAGAAGCAAAGUCAAGGCAAGGACGGGAAAUAAAAUUGAAGCGGAAAGAAACAGAAGGGAAGUUUAGGAUUGAUCUGCUAGCAGCAGGUGUUAUCAAACGGAAACGUAAAGAAGUUAACACAAGCAGCCAAAUUUUGGGAGCAGUCCCUGGAGUUGAAGUAGGCGACGAAUUUCAGUACAGGGUGGAGCUUGCUAUUAUUGGUGUUCACCGGCUUUACCAGAGCGGUAUAGAUUACAUGAACCAUGAUGGAGUAAUUGUUGCGACUAGUAUUGUUGCUUCGGGGGCUUAUGCUGAUGAUCUGGACAAUGCCAAUGUCUUAAUAUACUCUGGGCAAGGAGGAAAUGUAGUACGGAAGAAUAAGGAACCUGAAGACCAGAAGCUUGUAAGAGGAAACUUGGCUUUGAAGAAUAGUAUAUCCGUAAAGAAUCCCGUGCGGGUGAUUCGGGGAUCUAAAGGAACAAAAGCUUCUGACUCCUUGGAUGCAAGAGCUAAGGUAGUUAAAUCAUACGUCUAUGAUGGUCUUUACACAGCGGAAAAGUACUGGACAGAGACGGGGCCACAUGGUAAGCUGGUUUUUAUGUUUGUGUUGAGGAGAAAUGCCGGGCAACCAGAGCUUGCUUGGCAACAAGUUAAGAAGUCAAACAAAUAUAAAAUACGGGAGGGACUUUGCGUUGAUGAUAUAUCAGGAGGUAAAGAGUCAUUUCCUAUAGGUGCCGUGAACACAGUAGACAGUGGUAAGCCCCCGACAUUCAAUUAUGUUACUAGGAUGAGAUAUCGUGAUUGGUACUGCCCCAUUACUCCUAAGGGUUGUGACUGUAAGGGUGGAUGCUCUGAUUCUCAGAAAUGCUCGUGUGCAGUCAAGAAUGGAGGAGAGAUUCCAUACAACUAUAGUGGGGCUAUUGUUGAAGCUAAGCCCCUCGUAUAUGAGUGUGGUCCUUCUUGCAAGUGUCCUCCUUCUUGCUAUAAUAGAGUCAGCCAGCAUGGUAUUAAUAUUCAGCUGGAAAUCUUCAAAACUGAGUCAAGGGGAUGGGGUGUCAGAUCACUGGCUUUUAUUCCUUCAGGAAGUUUUAUAUGUGAGUAUGCAGGAGAGCUUCUUGAAGACAAGGAAGCUGAACAAAGAAUUGGUAAUGAUGAAUAUCUUUUCGAUAUCGGGCAAAACUACAAUGACGGUUCCCAUAAUCUUGAUGCUCACUCGAGUUUGUGCAUGGUUAUGGAGGAUGGCGGCUAUACAAUUGAUGCAGCACAGUAUGGAAAUGUGGGGAGGUUUAUCAAUCACUGCUGCUCACCUAACCUUUAUGCUCAGAAUGUUCUUUAUGAUAAUGAAGACAGAAGAAUGCCCCACAUAAUGCUCUUUGCUGCAGAGAACAUUCCUCCCUUACAGGAGCUGACUUACCAUUACAAUUAUUCUGUGGAUCAGAUUCAUGAUUCAAAUGGUAACAUCAAGAUGAAAAGCUGCUAUUGUGGUUCUGCACAGUGUACGGGCAGGAUGUAUUAGGGUGUCUGCAGAAGAAGUUUGGAUCCUGAAAAAGAAUUUUUUGGUUUCUCAAUGAAGUUUAUGUCUCCCCCUCUUCAUCAAGAAGAUUUGGCAAUGGUUAUCAUUUCCAUGAUCAAGCUUUAUUUUGCAGAAGCAUAAAACAGCAGAGGCUGAAAAAAGGAUUGGAAGUUUUGUUUCUUGUCUGUUGGAUCAGGUAAUGCACUUUUGUGAAUAGAUGUUGGCUACCUUUUGACUUUCGCUUCUGAGCAUAAUCAUCUGUAAAUAGACUUACUUUGCCUUAGCUUGAACUCAAUAACAUUAGCUGUUAAGAAUCAAGCGGAUGGAUCCAUGUUGACAUUGCCACUUUUUUUAAACAUUCAGUCCAAUGGCCCAUUACAUCAGGGUAUAUUUGUACAUUGGUGACUAAACAUUCAGUCCAAUGGUCCAUUACAUCCCUCCGAAAUCAUGUAGCAUAAUAGUAUAUUGUAUUGUGUACACUGCACAUACUCCUGUUAAAACCUGC